UGACGCGCUUACUACCUUCUCUGUCUCUCAGCACUCCAGCAUUGCUGCGCAAGCAGAUGUUCUCUCGCUGAAGCCAAUUAUUACUAUUUCUCGCAUUUUGGCCACACGGUUCGCUUGCUUGCCCGCUCGACGGCUGUCAAGUGGCGAGAAAGUGCGUCUCUUCUCCUCUGCAAGUGCGAGGAGUGCAGCAGGUUUUUUUGAGGUGAGGGGAGAUGACAACGUCAGUUUUGGGGAAAAAACAAGGCAGAUUUCCGCGGGUGCGGGAAGGCAUCAUUUGAUGUACCACACCUGUGAUUCGUUGUUGCGAGCAACCGGAGACGCGCGAGGAUGGACGCGGAGGACAUGUGCUGAGGAGCCCACUUCAGCAACGUGUUAAAAGUGCUUCUGUUCACAAUAUCUGGACGUUUCACGCUCACCUUUAUCCCCUACUUGUCUUGUGAAACUUGAUUUGAAAAAUAAGAGGGACGAAAAUGCCGCUACUUCUUAGCCCCUUUGUCCGAUGUCGACUCGGCGCGGAGCUUCUUGUGCUUUGGCUUGGCUUCAUCGGCGUUACCUGCACCGGUUCCGAGCAUGCCGCCACAGCGACACAACCCGCAGCCUUCUCUGACCUGUUACCUCACUUCUUGGUGGAACCAGAAGACGAGUUCAUCGUGAAAAACAAGCCAGUGAUGCUCACCUGCCGAUCCACGCCAGCAACGCAGAUCUACUUCAAGUGCAAUGGCGAGUGGGUUCACCAGGAUGACCACUUGAUUGUACGGACUGUAGAUCCUUCUACAGCUCUGCCAGUCAUGGAGGUGACAAUAGAAAUCACCAGACAGCAGGUGGAGAAGAUUUUCGGCCUGGAUGAGUACUGGUGUCAGUGUGUCGCCUGGAGCACCACCGGAACUCAGAAAAGCCAGAAAGCUUACAUCAGAAUUGCUUACUUGAGAAAGAACUUUGAGGAGGAGCCUCAGGCUAAAGAGGUGGCAUUGGACCAGGAGGUGUCACUGCGCUGCCAUCCUCCCGAGGGGGUGCCACAACCCGAGGUGGAGUGGCAGAGAAACGAGGACGUGAUCGACCCGCAGAGCGACCCCAAUUUUUUCAUCACGACCGACCAUAAUCUUGUCAUCAAAAAGGCCCGGUUGGCCGACACGGGCAACUACACGUGUGUGGCCAAGAACAUUGUCGCUCGCCGUAAAAGCAACUCUGCCACGAUCCUUAUCUACGUCAACGGCGGCUGGUCCACGUGGACCACCUGGUCGUCCUGCAGUGCUGUUUGUGGGCGAGGCUGGCAGAAGAGGAGUCGGAGCUGCACCAACCCCACACCACUGAACGGAGGCACGUCCUGUGAGGGGCAGAACGUCCAGAAAAGUGCCUGUGUGGCCACCUGUCCAGUGGACGGAGGUUGGAGUGAAUGGAGCAAGUGGUCGCCAUGCGGAGCUGACUGUGCUAUGUGGAGGAGCCGGGAGUGCACCCAGCCGUCACCUGGAACCGGCGGCAAGGACUGUCAGGGGCUGGACCUUCAGUCUCUUAAUUGCACAAGCGAACAGUGCCCACAGACAGCGGGCGGCGCGGAGGACGUGGCCCUCUACGUUGGAAUGGUAGCGGUGGCUUUGUGUCUGACCUUGCUGCUCAUCAUCGUGGUCCUGGUCUACCGCCGCAAGAAGGCAGGCUUGGAUGCCGACGUGGCCGACUCGUCUAUUCUCACUACUGGCUUCCAGCCGAUGGGCAUCAAGCCCAGCAAGCCAGGUGUGUGGGCGCCGCGGCCACGCAGGCCCCUCACCCACAGCAAGAAUUCUCAUUUGCUUACCAUCCAACCCGAUCUAACAACUACCACCACCAGCUACCAGGGCACGCUACGUUCUCGACACGAUGCUCCCAGCAAGUUUUCGAUGACCAAUGGGCCUCUGCUGGACCCGCUUCCAAAGGGUUCGCACACGCUGCACAAUGGAAAGCUAAAUUCGGACCCUGCAGACUUUGUGAGCAGGCUGUCCACUCAGAACUACUUUAAAACACUAUCCCGUGACGUGGCCAAUACCUCCUAUGGGACCUUCAACUUCCUGGGCGGAAGGCUGACGAUUCCCAACACUGGAAUCAGUCUGCUCAUUCCUCCAGAGGCCAUCCCCAGAGGCAAGAUCUAUGAGAUUUAUCUCACCGUUCAGAAAAAGGAGGAUUUAAGGUUACCCCUGGCCGGCUGCCAGACCCUGCUGAGUCCUGUUGUGAGUUGUGGGCCCCCCGGGGUAGUCCUGAGCCGGCCCGUUAUACUGAGCAUGGACCACUGCUCUGACGCAUGCCUUGAUAACUGGGCCAUCCGCCUGAAGAAGCAGACCUACGAGGGCGCUUGGGAGGACGUCCUGCUGAUGGGUGAGGAGCUAGUGUCGGAUCCCUACUACUGCCAGCUGGAGGCCGAGACAUGCCAGCUGUUUUCGGAGCAGCUGGGCACCUUUGCCUUGGUGGGAGAGUCUCUGCACAUGGGUGCUGCCAAGCGCUUGAGGCUGGUGCUCUUCUCCGACGCCUACUGCUCCACGCUGGAGUACAACAUCAGGGUUUACUGCAUGGAUGACACGCAGGAUGUCUUUAAGGAGGUGAUGCAGAUGGAGAGGCAGCUCGGGGGUCGGCUGAUUGACGAACCUCACAUCCUGCUCUUCAAAGACAGUUACCACAACCUGCGCCUGUCCAUCCAUGACAUGCCCCAGGCCCACUGGAGGAGCAAGCUGCUAGCUGGCUACCAGGAGAUCCCAUUCUACCACCUCUGGAAUGGUUCCCAGCGGUACCUCCACUGCACGUUUACUCUGGAACGCCUCAGCCUCAGCACCUGUGAGCUCACCUGCCAGAUGUGCGUUUGGCAGGUGGAGGGCGAAGGACAAAGCUUCAGCCUUGACUUUAACAUCGCCAAGGACACCCGAGCCGUGGACUCUGAGUUCCUGUUAAUGGACACAAACGCCACUGCCCUCGCAGGGCCCAGCGCCUUUCAGAUCCCAUACCUCAUAAGGCAAAAGAUCUGCAGCAGCCUGGACGCCCCGUGUCCCAACGGAGCCGACUGGCGAAUGCUCGCACAAAGACUCAAGCUUGAGAGACACAUGAGCUUCUUUGCAUCCAAAGCGAGCCCGACCUCGGCCAUCCUCGACCUGUGGGAAGCUCAACAUUUCCACGGGGGCAACAUCAACCAGCUGGCUGCUGUCAUGGCGGACAUCGGGAAGCAGGAAGCCAUGAUCUUCCUGGUGUCGGACGGAGAAUGCUAACAGGCUAAGGAGGCGGCGAGUAGGGUGGAAGAAUACACGCGGCGAGAAUAACCCAGCUGAGCUGUGUGUUUGAGGUCGCUCAACGUAGGAGGAUGCUGUUUUAACCAUUUCCACUGAGAAUCAUAAUCAAGCAGCUCCAUUGAAAACACAGCUGCGAAGAUAGAGCUCCCAGCCCCUUCCCUAAUUUCUUCAUACAUAAUUCCAUGCCUUAUGUAGCACUUCAUAUAUUUAAAUCAACAAUGGCCAGUAAUUCCAUUUCCUUGAAAAAUGAAAUCCAUGGAAACGCUUAGUUCAAAUCCUCACUAUCCAGUUUACGGUUAAUUUACUCGUGAGCUCUUUGUCCUCACUAAAAAGACAAUUCUGCCUACUUGUAGAACAACCACUGUUAACUCAUUUUCUACAAUUGGUCCUUACGCCUGUCUGAAUAGUAAGACAGGAGUUCUAGCAGUGCUAGUAAAUACGACAAAGGCACGGGUACUUGAACCUUAAAAAUAAAGUUGUCGAUAAUUGUCAGGCAAUUUGAAAAUGACAAAAAAACAUGAACACAAAUAGCUGUAAAACAAAUGCGAAAUAAUCAAGACAAAGGUACACUUACAAGUUAAAAACGGUAGAUAUCACUCUGUGAACGUCUCUGCCUAAAGCUUUUCAGAAGUAUCAUUCAGUAGACAUAGUGUAGUUGUAGGAAGUUAGCCGCUAACAUUAUCAUCCAGUAGACACCAUUGUAUGAUGUUAGCCGCUAACGCUUGCCAGUCAGACGUGUGCUAACAUGAUUUUGCUUAAGCACACGCAUCUAACUGGGUUCAUUAGCGACUAAUGUCAUAACGUUAGCUGUUAGCUAUGGGACGCCGUUUGUAAAGCAGCACAUGCUGAAAAUUACGACAACAUUUUCUCACAUUUAGCGCCACACAUUAUUGAAAACGUGGUGUGAAAUUUUUAGUCACUUUUUUUGCACAUUUACAACAUUAUUUAGCAACUUAAAUAUUCAUUUUUAAAUAAGAGGUUUUGUACCUGAAUUUUUAAAUCCAGAACUAAAUACUUAAUUUAAAUCCUAAAUUUAUAUCAUAUAUCCUA